CCGAAUCAUCCCCGGCGCCCAACUUGCCCGCUUUCCUCUCCUUGUUUACUCCCUUAUUUGCAAGCGAUCUUGGAAGCGUCUAGGCUCCAGCGUUUUUAAGCAGCGUGUCAAUUUUAAGCGCCUUCCCCUUCUCCUAUCAUCCUCCACCAUCACCUUCCUGCGCCAACCUUGUCUGGGAGCUCCCCUUGUCUGUUCCUCCCGCCUGACUGUAUCUGCUCUGCUGCCAGCUGCCACCAACCGAGCCGGGCGGAGGAGGAAGAAUGGGCGAAAAAAAUCCCGGAAAGCUGACUCCUUGCUAGAUGCGCCUCAGUGCCCCACUUUUCUUUCCGCCCAGAUUAGCUGCUGCGAUUCCUCGCCCGAUUUGCUCUUCCUCCCCGGAGCGGCCUCGAGUUUGCACUCCUUUCCACUGCGGCGAUUGUUGGGAGAGCCCUCGCCGCCGCCUCGGUACUGUUCUUCCCCAAUCCUAGCUCGUCGCGUCCUUCCUUGGCCUCGAGGAUUUCUUGUUCGAGGAUGGGGGAUUUCUCGUGCGCCUAGGAUUCCCCUUUCUUGCUUGCUUCGGUUCUUGCGUUGCCAUAACUGACGUGCCACAGAUUGUAGCGGCAGCAGCCGUCCGCGCUUUGCAGACCCCAGCUGCAAGCUUUGGCUAUUUCCGCCUCCCCGCCCCACAAAUCCCGCUGCAAACUCUCCACCGCCCAAGAAAAGGCGGCGGCUUUUCGCCGGCUGGCAGCCAUCUUCUCACGAGUUUGGUGAGGUUUUGGAUCAGCCAGCACAGGCCUUUCUGCUGAAUAUCCCCAAAGGCCUUCUUGGUCUUUGGUUGGAAUCGGGAGCUCUGUGCUCAGGCCGGAGCGGGUGGUCUCUCGUCGGAGAUGGAGGGGAAUCUGCCGCCGCGAGCCCUGAUCCCGGGCGGGGCCCCCUUCGAUCUGGGGCAGCCGUUCCACUUCGCCGACCAGCCCCAGGUGGUUCAGGUUCACCAGGGAGCUUUCGCUGCCCCCGCCGCGAACCAGAUGCAGGGCUUCGGGAGUGCGGUGAAGCCCUCGCUGAGCUCCGAGGAGGACGCCGACGACGGCCACCAUGGCCGCGGCAAGGCUGCGGCCCCGACCUCGCAGUGGCACCGGGUCAAGUGGACCAGCGACAUGGUCAAGCUGCUCGUGUCGGCCGUGGCCUACAUCGACGAGGACAUCGACACGGACCACGGCACCAGCAGCGGGAGGAAGAAGCACGCCAUGCUCAAGAGGAAGGGCAAGUGGAGGCUCGUCUCCUCGGUCAUGACCGAGAGGGGGUUCUCCGUGUCACCGCAGCAGUGCGAGGAUAAGUUCAACGACCUCAACAAGAGGUACAAGAGGCUCACCGAGAUCCUUGGCCGGGGUACGGCUUGUGAGAUCGUUGAGAAACCGGCACUCCUUGAACAGGUUAGCCUAUCUGCGAAGCUCAAGGAGGAGGCCAAGAAGCACCUGAGCUCAAAGCACCUGCACUACGAGGAGAUGUGCUCCUACCACAACCAUAACCGGCACUGCCUGCUUGAUGAUCCGUCCCUUCAGAGGUCGCUGCGUGUGGCGCUUAGGAGUCCGGGUGAACAGGGAAAGAAGUGCUCGUUUGGAUAUGAUGAUGAGGAUGAUCAGAUGUUUCUUUCUGAUGAAGAUGACGAGGAUGAUGGGUUCAAUGAUGAUCUGGAGUUCAGUGCUGAAGAUCAUCGUCAUCACAGAGUUCAUGGCAGCAAGAAGCUGAAGCAUGACCAUGAGGGGGGAUGUUGUGGGUCUCAUCUGUCAGAAGUUGCUGCCAUUGACAUGAAUCAAAUGUUUUCUGAGGGAACUGGUGGUUCUGCACAGAAGAAUCCAAGUGGUAUGAAUGCAGUUCAAAUUGAGAGACAACGCCUGAAGAUAAAAGAGGAUAUGCUGAAACUCGAGCAGAGCCGCUUGAAGUGGCUGAGGUCCUGCAAGGAGAAGGACAGGGAACUGGAGAAGAUGAAGUUAGAGAAUGAAAGGAUGGAGCUGGAAAAUGAGAGGCUGGAGCUGGAGCUGAAGCUUAAGGAAAUUGAGAUGGGCAUCAAACCAAAGAGGAUUUACUGAUUACAUUAUGGAAACGGUAGAACUAGAAACUCUAGAGUUGCUGGUAAUCCUUUUGUUUUUCACAGUAGCUUAGAUAUUAGGAUGUAUUACAUAAAUUUUCAUCUUAGCUAACUGCAUAUCGGUUAAGUUAAUGACUCUUCCAGUGUUAGUCUUACAGUAAGUACAGUUUGACAUCUGAAUGUGGUAUUUAGUUUUAUCAUUACUUAUGCUGUCCGCCUCUCUGCAAUUGGAUGUGUUAUGUGUUGAUUGAUC